CCACUAUGAGGGCUCAUGGAAUCCUCCUACAACGACGGCAAACCACCCAGCACACCUUCGAUGACAGCGGAAUUGAGAUAAAGGGGGGCAUAGUACCCAUGCGAUCGGAGGGCGAAGCCGCUACCUACAUGAAAGGAUUCCCUCACAGAGAUGAAUGCACCCCCACCUACGUCCCACCGCUCUACGACCUCUGCCUCGACCUCGUCAAGCGCAAACCCGCUCUCUUCGACUCUAUCACAGAGGUAUUAGCCGCCGACCAGGCUGUACGCUGUAUCCGUAUGCUGAUCAGGGAUGCCCAAGACCUGAAAUAUGUGCGGCCGCUUACAUGGCUCGCCUGGGUGAAAGCAUAUGGUCACGACUUGGGUGAAGAGCUGCUAUCAUACCCUCUGCUGGCGCUGAGCGACGCCCAUAUUCUCGAUAUCUCCCGCGCACCAGAAAGCACAUCAUUCUGUCUGCUUGUUGACCUCAACCUCGCUGCUUGCAGGAACUUGGACGAUGCCAACAUCCGCCAACUAGGAGCUCUUGACAAUCUCUGCGUGCUGAACACGAGUCAGACGACCAUCACCCACGCAGGAGUUCAGGCGCUGUCGCAAGCACUGGUGGUGGAUCAGGACGGGACACUGAGAGGGCCAUGGCGAUUACGGGUUUGGAAGUUGGACCACACCCGAGUCACCCCCAUGGCACUAGAGUUUCUCCAAAAGUGGCCUCUCUUGUGUGCUCUCGACCUCACAGCAGAUACCAUGCGCAAAAUGACACCUCCCUCGGGCUGGCAUACCCCCAGUCCCGACGAACUCGCCCUCUUCCAGCCUCGUGCAGACCGCUACCUCUCGGCCGUUCAGCCACCCCUCUUCCCCAGCCACCCCACAGUCGUCUCUGUCCAAGAACACUAUCCACAGACUGUCCCGCGGAUAAUCGACCUGACCCCGUGGUAUAACAUGUUGCGCCCAAUGAUCGAGGAGCAGGCGCGCUACCGAGCUAGCAGGGAAGUUGCACCCAGGUUCAACAACAUGUUGCCCGGAGACCCUUAUUUCGAUAUUCACUCCGAUGAGGACGAGUGGGACGAAGAGGGCGGGUGGUGGGACCCAGAGUGGGAAAGGGAGAGAGACAGUGAGGGAUAUGGCUCGGAGGAAUACGAUUCGAACCCAGAGUAUGAGAACUGGGACGUAGCGGAUGGAGAAUUGGGCGUAGAAGAUGGAAACUCAAUAACAGAGGACUACAGCACGGGGAGCAACCAUUCGAACUCGGAGGUUGAUCCAGCUGCAGACCCUCAUCCAAACAACUCUCAAGCUGGUACGGGUAUGGCGGGAGAGCAACUGCAAGCGGCCACGACCGAGGCAGAAAUUCAGCAUCGCGAGACAGCCGCGCGCGAGUUCUAUCGCCCUCUCAAUCCAUCGGUCCCACGCGUAGCAGCAACAGGAAACGACGCCAGCUUACGCGCAACACAGCUUGCAAACUCUCUACUUUUCUGUCGCACGCCGCCUCCCUGCUCUGUUCUUACAGGUGUGGUAGAAGCAGCUAAGAAAUCCCGGACUGCCGCCGCUCUGACGGUCGAGAACCACAAGAACGCGGACCAAGCCGUGGCCAGAAAGCGGCAGAAAACGGUACACACUCCAUCUCUAGCUUCGCUUUACACCAACCAGUCCCGCCCUUCCACUACGACAGGCGUCAAUAAUUGA